CCCCACGGUUCCACGGUCGCACUGACGUUGAAUGCAUUUUUCCCUCCGUUCCGUGAAUGGGAUUUAUGUUGGAGCGAAUGUGUGUGUGUGUUUCUUUCGCUUUUUUUGUCUAUGUACCUCCACUAUGCUCUUCACCAUGACACUGGCAUACAUAGCAGCGGACGUGUCGGUGGUGCAUAUCGCGCUGUGUGUUUGUGUGUAGGUCAGUGGUGGCUCCGACGACGUUGCCGGCGCCCUGCUGUGUGUUUGCUGCACUUCUCUGGCCGUUCUCUGGCCGAUGGUAGAGCAGUUUUCCUAACCCUUUUUUUCUCCCUUUAUGGCCACAGCACGGGAACCGGGUUUUUAGUCAUUACGACAUCCAGCGGGAAGAGGCGUGGAAAGUUUUUCCACGGCAUCGUUCGGUGCCAUGUGGGUUUUCUCUUUUCCCUCUGUGAAUUAUUUCUCGCUGUGCAACGUCUUAAAAGCGUGCCAGUGUGUGCAGGGAAAUGCGAAUUGCGGAACGCGACCGUUGUGAACAUUUGUGCAUUUUAUUUUUAUUUUUAUAUUCGCCAGCAACAUUUACAGAAUUAUAGAAAAAAGAUGCCGUUUAAAAUGAAAUACAGCUAUAAUAAUAAAUAAUUUAAGAAACAUAUUAAAUUAUUUAAAGUAUUCGUAAUUAUGAAAUAAGCAAAAUUGUUAGAAUACAAUUAUUCAUUCCAAAUUUGUUUAGAACUUAUAUUUAGUGGUUUUAUUUCUCUAUACGAAUAAGAAAGAAACACAAUGAUGUACAGAGUGAAAGGGAGAGCGGCGUAAAAUGCAAAACGACAUGUUGGUGUGCGUGUCACAGUCACUCAGGGUGUGAGAUGAAAGUGAGUUGAGCAUGAGAUGAGAAAGUGAGUUUCAUGUGAGAAAAGUCAACUAUAUAAAGUGCGAUUGCUCUAGUAUGGGUGUCACUCUCGAUUGCUACACACUGGGUCAUGCUUGUUGGACAAAAAUCUGUAAAAUAUAUUAAUUUAUUUAAAAAGCCUUUAUUCGUAACUUAUAGCUACAUCGAACUUCGCAGCAGAAAAAAAAAUAUUUUUUUUGUUAUUGGCCAGCAUUUGUUUCAUGUAUUGAUUAUCAUAAUUAAUUAGAAAUAUAUUUCAAAUACUUCUCAAACGGAGGGAAUUUGUCCAUCAUUCUUCUCCCACUGUGUAUCACGCAUGUACACACCCAUACACACACAGAAAGCGCGAUUCGCACAGUGUGCUCGCGAGUGCCGUACGCGCCGUUUGUGAUGCCGGCCUCGAACGGAGCGAGCGUGCAACCAGUCACUCAGUACUUUUCUGUACCUCGGUGAAUUUUGGUCGAGCGGACGUACGUACGUGCAGCGCGUUCGAACGGAGAUUUCUGUUCGAGCUCGAGACACACACCACACAUCAUUGCUACUACGCCGGACAACACUACUGUGCCGGGUUCGCGUUGUUUUCAACGUUUUUGGGGUAGUGUGUGACGCCUUUAGUUCGAUUUUGGGCAAAGCAAGAAAGGCAAGUGAGCGGGCAAAAACAAAUCACAAAUAGUGUAUUCUAUUGGAAAGGAUUAUGAUCAGUUUGAUUCCACACGGUAUCGGAUGAAGAAGGAGUGAGUGUAGAAGAAGUAAAGAAAGAAAAUAUAUUUCUAAAGUAAUUAAAUAACCCUUCCAGAGUGCAUAAAACUCAGUGAAACAGUCAGAAAAGAAGCGAUCCUGGUUGCGAUCGGGAUUGUUUGUGUGUGAGUGUGUGAGCGGCAGCAGGGGGGUCCAGUUCACUUCAAACCAAACGUGUGUCCGGAAGGCACACAGCAUGAAACAGCUCGGGAAGCGCAGAUACUAUCCGUCACUAGCAGCAGCAGUAGUAGUACUACAACUUACAUACAAUCAUACGGUACAGCUGCCAUCAGGUAGUCCGGAGCAUCCGCACGGUACGAUCAGUGACACCGUUCGGUUCGUGCGGUGAUCUCUAACGUCCAGUGUUCAGGGAACAUGGCUGCCGCUGUGUGAUGAAGCUGAAAGUGACGCAUCCAUACAUGCGAUAGUGCAAUGUGCUACAGUGAGUAGGCUCUGGGAUCUAUUUCAGCAGUAGUGGAGCCAAGUGAAAGUUAUUAACAAAGAGUCACACCUCGAGUAUAAGCCUUUCGAAGGGUGAAGUUGUAGUCUUAAUAGGUUUAAAUAGUGCAAACAACAACCGAAUUAGUGAGAUCAAAGAAGAUUCUUAUCGAAAUAGUGCAUAACGUGCAGAUCACUCUUGAUCAGUAGUGUGUGUUGGCGGAAAAGUUAUCCAUAGGUAUUUGGAUAUAUUGCAAGUGUUAUAGUGUCAUCUGCACGACUCUUUGGCCUUUGGUAUUGCAGUGGGAAGUUUUUUCAUCCAGAGAACUCCAACUCGCUGCUCAACCUCAACUCUCUCGACCUCAAUACAACAGAAACCCAAACGGUACAAAACGCUUCACCUCCGUCGAGUACCUCCAGAGAAUAACGGCUUAUAGGAAGUAUUUGAUCCUCUGCAGGACACGGGAUCUAACAUCUAACCUCAGUUGUGAGAUUGUAAAAGAAGAGAUAGUAGCUAGUAAGAAAGAAUUGAUUUAGCCUAGGGUAAGGACGAGAGUUACACAUCCCGCGAAGAUACUCCCGAUACGCGGUACACAGCCUUGACAAGAUGAUGAAAAGAAGGUGGUCCAAUAAUGGGGGCUUUACAGCCCUGCGCAUGCUGGACGAGAGCAGCUCCGAGGUGACGUCCUCUUCUGCCGCGCUGGUCAUGUCCCCGGGCAUGACGAUGUCGCCGACGUCCCUCGGCUCACCGGAGUACAACGAUCUCGAACUGUGGGGCGCUUACGACGAGAACGCGUACAACGGUCACAGUGUCCUGUCGAACGGGAACAAUAAUCUCGGCGGUGGUGGCUGUGGUGCCGUCGCCGCCAACCAACUGCUCAUGAACGGUAUCAUGAACGGUGGCAACAACCUGAACGGCAUGAUGAACGGGAUCGGUCUUGGGCCGGGUUCGGUCGGUCCUAACGGUGGUGCACAGGCGAGCACCAACCAGAUACAGCAGUUCGUCGGCAAUCUGAUCAAUGGAAUGAACCACUCGCAAACGAUCAUUCCACCACUGCCAUCGAUCAUACAGAACACGAUCAUGAACACACCGCGCAGUGAAUCGGUUAACUCCAUCUCCUCAGGACGUGAAGAUUUGUCUCCAUCGAGCAGUCUUAACGGCUAUACCGGCGAUGGCAGUGAGGCGAAGAAGCAGAAAAAGGGUCCAACACCACGGCAGCAGGAGGAACUUUGUCUCGUGUGUGGUGACCGGGCAUCCGGCUAUCACUACAAUGCGCUUACCUGCGAAGGUUGCAAGGGAUUCUUCCGACGUAGUGUGACCAAAAAUGCUGUAUACUGCUGCAAGUUUGGACAUGCGUGCGAGAUGGACAUGUAUAUGCGGCGCAAGUGCCAGGAGUGUCGGUUGAAGAAGUGUCUCGCGGUCGGUAUGCGGCCGGAAUGCGUCGUGCCCGAAAACCAGUGCGCCAUCAAGCGGAAGGAGAAGAAGGCGCAGAAGGAAAAGGAUAAGGUGCAGACGAACCCUUCCACCACUGUUAGUACAACGAACAGCAGCAGCUACAAGUCGGAGCUGUUGCCGGUAUUAAUGAAGUGUGAAUCACCGCCCACCGCAGCGAUACCGCUACUGCCGGAGAAACUGCUGAAUGAAAACCGACAAAGAAAUAUACCUCUGCUGACGGCUAAUCAGAUGGCCGUCAUCUAUAAACUAAUCUGGUAUCAGGAUGGAUACGAGCAACCGUCGGAGGAAGAUCUCAAGAGGAUAAUGAUUAACUCACCCAACGAGGAAGAAGAUCCCCACGAAAUCCACUUCCGGCACAUAACGGAAAUCACCAUUCUCACAGUACAACUUAUCGUCGAGUUCGCGAAGGGACUACCAGCAUUUACGAAGAUCCCGCAGGAAGAUCAAAUAACGUUACUGAAGGCAUGUUCCAGUGAGGUGAUGAUGUUGCGAAUGGCCCGCCGAUACGAUGCCGAAACCGAUUCCAUCCUCUUUGCCAACAAUCGAUCGUACACGCGCGACUCGUACAAGAUGGCGGGCAUGGCGGAUACGAUCGAGGAUUUGCUACACUUCUGCCGGCAGAUGUACACGCUCACGGUGGACAACGUGGAGUAUGCACUGCUAACGGCGAUCGUCAUCUUUUCCGAUCGGCCCGGUCUCGAGAAGGCGGAACUGGUUGAAACGAUCCAGAGCUACUACAUCGACACGCUGCGAGUUUACAUCCUCAACCGGCACGGUGGUGAUCCGAAGUGUAGUGUCACGUUCGCGAAGCUGCUCUCCAUACUGACCGAGCUGCGGACGCUCGGUAACCAAAACUCGGAGAUGUGCUUCUCGCUCAAGCUGAAGAACCGCAAACUGCCCCGCUUCCUGGAGGAGAUAUGGGACGUGCAGGACAUACCACCGGUUGGGCUGGCACGGCAUCAAGAGCUGGUCGCACAGCAGCAGCAACAACAGCACCACCAACAGUCGGACAAUCCGAACGCUUCCUCAAUGGCAUCCACCUCGUCGAACAUUGUCGUCGUCGCUAACGGUGUACAGCUAGGACCGAUGCAGCAACCCAGUCAGCUACAGCAGCAGCAGCAGCAGCAGGUUCACAGUAAUGGCGGUGUGCCCACGCUUCCCGUCGGUACUAACGUGGGGGUCAGCAACAGUAUCACCACGAACGGUUCCGUGAACGGUAGCAAUAGUAGUAGUAGUAGCACGAACGGCGCCGGUAGCACAAGUAAUAGUAGUAACAGCAGCAGCAGCAGUAGCAGUAAUAGCACCAAUAGCACUAACAACAGCAGCAGUAAUAAUAGUAGUAGCAACGGACUGCUCUCCACUGUCGGAAUGCUCGAUCACGUAUAGCUAGCGUAGGGCACGGUGCUGCCCUCGGUCGGCGCCGUCACCGUCGAUGCGUUGCAGUUGCACCGUGGACCACCGUCUGUGGCGGGUGACGACGUACUGUUUGACAGUCACCAUCCGCUGGCAGGACUGAUCGGUGCGACCGGGCAGCUGCCCGGCGUUGUUGACGGCGACGGUGACGAUGGUGGCGUCCGUGCGGACACCGGCAGCGUUUUCCCGGACGACGACAUUCUAUUUAUCGUAGAGAGUUAAUUUAUUUUACCUUGUUUCUAUCCUUUCUGCCAACCAGCACUCCUCGUGGUGUGUGCGCUUCUUCGGAUAGAUGCUGCACAUGUGCGGAGCUCUUUUCUCAUGUGCGCCACAUGCACGUUUGUGCGUGUGUGUGUGUGGCAUUAUUGGAACGCCAUUUGCACAAAAUCCUUCCACAUCUGUGUUUUUUGGGGGGGAUCUUUUCAUGAAUAUUUGUCUCGAUCGGAACACACGCACGUGCGAAAAGAGUGAUGAGUCAGCCCAAGGUGUUUUAGACACUUGGGACAGAAGCAAACCAAUAUUUCAUUCCUUCCCUUUUAUUAUAUAUUAAAAAAAAAACUUUGUACAGUACGACGCAAAUGCGACACAACAAAGCAGCGUUUAAUGAAUUGGUUUAAGUUUUAAGUAAGUUAGUGCUUUAUAGUGAAAGCGCGUUUUUUUUUGGUUUUGUUGUUGUACAUUUUUGCUACAAUUUGUUGCAUGAAAAAUAGGAAAGAGUUAAAGAAAGGGAAGAAAAGCUGAGAAAAAAACAGAAAUUGGGAAUUAUGCAAUAGAAGCGAUCGUCUUGUAGAUAAUUAUUUCUUCCCUCCGGGGGUUGAGAAACGGUUAUCAUAGGAAGGUUCGAUUAAGACACAGAGAAGGAGAGAGAGAGAGAGAGAGAGAGCUGUGCGUGAAACUUGUGUUGUGAAUGUGUGAAAGGAGAAUAACGGUGUGAGAGAGAAAGUACUAAUUACUAAUGGAUAAGUUUGCAGGAAUAGUAGAAUCGUUUUACGGUAGGGAACUAUCACCGCCGCCCUGGGAUAUUUGGGGGCUAGUGUGCCACCAUGGGAGGUUGUUACCCAUCGGAUGCCGUGGGUACUUCGUGAGUGUGUGUGUAUCAUUCUCUCUCUGUGUGUAUUUAAGCAGUUGUAGGAUGUAACGAUACUAAUAAGCUAAGGGGGAAUGCACACACAUAGCGACAACAAGAAGGAAACGAGACGUGCAGAUAGUAGAUACCCUACUCUACUAGUACUACUACUACUACUACUACUACUAUUACUAUUACUGUGGAAAAAAAGGUGCGAAAGAAGGCGCGCAUGUAACCGUACCCUUAUCGAGCAUCAAGCAUCCUUACACAAUGCAAUCGUGUCCCCAUCCAUUAUUGUAACAGCACACACACAAACACACACACACACAAAGAUCAUCCAAUUAGGAAGAUCUUCGCAAAACCUACUACUGCCAGCUACAAUGCGCUGCUAUAGUAAUAGUAUCUACUACUGCUAAACUACUACUUUACUUUUUUGAAAUUGCUACCGAAACACUGCGAACUAAUUAUUGUGAGGAACAAAAAACCACAACAACGAAUACAAAACUGCUGCAGACAGAUGAAGAAGAAGAAACAACAUCCGACCCAGAAUACUUACUGCCAAGAAGAAGAAGAAGAAGAAGAAGAAGAAAAAGUAGAAGCAAAAGAAUAAGUAAUCCACAAGCAAAUAGUGAACACUCCUCUUCCGUGUGGAACGGUUUUGAAGCAGAAAAGAAAAACGACUCUUAACGCCACUAAAUGUUCACAACAUAAGAAAAGGAUACUUCCUUGCUUAUGUUUGUCUCCCGAUCGGUUCGAUGGGGGUGGGAUUGUGUUGCUGGAUGAAUGACCCACGUUAGUACUCGCUAGUUUAGUAGUAAACCAGAGCCCGGGAGGGAGGAUACUCGGGCAUUUGUAUGUGUGUGUGUGAGUGGGGAUAUAGUUUGAUGGUGUAUGAAAGGAAUACGCGGGGAUUCGUUUUCGAUGCGAAGUUGGUAGUGUGACCGUGUGCGGAACCUUCUUUCGUAUCGUUUGGCUGUGACUUGUUAAUAAUUUUUAAGAGAAGCAUAUAUUAUUAUUACUAUCAAUAUAACUAUUACUAUUACCAUAUGCACAUACACACACGCAAACAUACACAGAAACACUAUGUUCGUUUAAAAGAGAAGUUUAAUCGAACAGCGGUGUGUGUGUGUGUGUUUGUGCAAAAGUGUUAACUCUACAACAAGAGUACGAAAAGAUGAAGGAUUGUGUAGUGAAGAGUAGAGAGAACAAAAGACCCCCUCCUCGAGAACCAGGCUAGGUGCUUAGACACGAGGAAAAAAAGUGAAUCCACAGCUCCAAAUGUGGAAGUAUGGGACGGGGGGGUUAGAAUUAAGCUCUAGCUGUGCUAAGAUAUAAACAAUGGAAAAGCUUUCUUUCGGUUACAAAAACACACACACGCACACACACACUGGCGUGGUUGGGAAAAUUGUAGGAUUAUGGUCUCCCCAUCAUUAUACAAUGGUCUGUAGUUGUUUUCCGAUAUUUGGAACGAAUUAGUGUGAAUACGCGUGACCUGCUGUUGAAGGAUGUGAAGAAAGAAUGUAUGGGGACCCAUUUUUUUUGCUGCACUUCUAUUUUGGAGGAUAGAGUGCCUGCAUGUGUGUGAGUGUGUGUUAUUUGAUUCUUUUUAGUAAACACUCAAUCCAGUAGUAACAAAGUAAAAACAAAAAAAGGGCACGAACAUUAGGAUUCAGCUUAAAAAGAAAUUCCCUUUAAAGCUUCCCUUUUCCCCGUUUGUAUUCCCGUUUGUCGUAUAGGGAACCUAUACGAUUUUUUCCUCACACUCAAAACAAUUAAGAGUGUUGAUGUAAAAGCGCAAUUUUAAAUGAAAAUUAUGUACACUUUAGCUUUAAAGCUAACUAAUCACAUUUGGCAAAGGUGUUUGCAUUUUGAAUCGUUUCAAGGGACCCGCGCUAGUUAAAGCAAUCGAUAAGAUGGUUGAAUUUCCUUUUUUUGGUUUUGUUUCCUAACGAAAUUGUAUAAUUUAAAUCAAACUCUAGUAGAAAAUGUGCAUUUACUUUCCUUACUUUACUCCGUUACUUUAACAUAUCCAUCUUUAAACCAGAAUUAUGUUUCCAUUUCCAUUGUUUAGGAACGAAACCGAAAGGAAGAAGUCCACAAUAUAAAUUCGCCUGAAUUACAAAAAAUACCCAGCAACCCCCUGUCGUCUUUUCCCUAUUUAGGACACGUUUUAGUCUAUUGCGUCAAUGUGCAAAAAAAACCUAAUUGUUUACUAUCGCGAAAUUAAAUCAAUUUAUUAGUCAAAUGUUGUGAAUCGUGUUUAGCCAAAAGCAAAAAAAGAAGCCGUGCGUUUGCGUUUGCCUUUUCCUUUCCCCUUUUAAAUCAAGUUUUUGAUACCCUUGUUGUAGUGAAACUUUAAAUUAAAUCACCAUCCAUAUCCUCCCGUCCAUCUCUCUCUAUGUUUUCCAUGCACCGACAGAUUGUUUUCAAAUUGUUGGUAAAAGCGUCAUUUUGUGUAGAAUGUUUUGUGUUGCAAAAACAAAGAGAAAUAGUAGAAAAAUGCAAAACAAAAUGGGGAUCAAACAAACAAAGCACUUACUACGCCAAUUGACACGCUGUGUGUGUGUUUUUUUUUAAGUUAAAGUACAUACAAUAGCAGUGCUGUAUAAAUAAAUGUGUUCGCAAAAAUAAAAGGAGAAGAAAACAAGACAUGAAAAGUGAAACGAAACGAUGUGUCGAUAACGGGAUGGAACGUGGAUGUGUUUCAGUAGUGAAGAAUUUUUUGUUUUGUUUCGGAAACGGAGGUGCCUUUUGACAAACAAACAAAUAAAACAAACAAAACAAACAACCAAACAAACAAACAAAAGUCGCAAACAGUGCAGGAACUAAAGAGAACAAACGUGAAAAGAUAAAUAACUUGCAGCAAGUUUAAAGAAAGGACAAAACUGAAAACAUACACAUUCAAUAUGGUUCAAACUUCAAGCAAAAUAAAAAAAAACAUAGAACAGAUGAUAACAGUGAAAACUUAUAGAAAAAAAAAAACAAAGCAAAACAAAAACAGUCGAAAAUGUAUUUCUGUUGCAAAAGAAUGGGAGUAAAGUGGAACAAGGAACGAGAGAGAAAAAAAGCAACUAGUAAACCUAGAGAUGAACACAAACUCUUUAACAUAAGUGCAGCUAUCAUUUGUGCAGAAUGGAAAAUAGGGAAGAAAACGGUAUAAAACACAACGGAAACUUUACUAGAUAGGUGUUGGGAAAUGAAUUGAGCGCGGAAGCGCGGGUGAGUUUUUAAACAAAACAGAUAAAAAAAAUGAAAUGGACUGAUUACUGCGAUUACACAGUGGAGGUGUGAAUGGUUUCGGUUGGUGAAAGAGGAAGAGAGUGGAUAGUUGUUUUUUUUUUCUUUUGUGCAAACACCUCAUACGAAUGCGCGCCCAAAUAGCCUCUUAGGGGUGAACUAACUUUCUAUAAAAGGACUACGUGAAUGCUAGCUUUUUGUGCGACAAAAUCUCACACACACACAGUUAAGGAGUGUCUACAUCUAUACCGAUUUUCGAUUCGGGGUGCAUAAAAGUGAAGCAGUUACAGAUAUGAAUUGUAUACAAAUUGGGGAAACAACCAUAAACAAAAUAUAUGCGCAUUUGUGUAGCAAAAAGGGAGAAAAAUGAGGAUUGAGAGAGAGAGAGAAAAAAGGGAAAAAACAAACACAAAACGAAACAAACAAACGCGCUUGAUGUAAAAUUGUGUACAGCUUUUAAAAAUGUAGAAAUUCUUAUCUUUUCACAAUUUAAACGUGGGAAAAAUGUUGUCGAUAAUGUAAACACAGUACACCUCACCACCAAAAGGGCAAAGUGAGAGAGCAGCGCGGUUACAAAGGGAGGAUAUAUAGUGCGCGGAUGAUGCGGUUAGGUUACAAACAAUAAGCAAAAAACUUUGUAAAAAAAAAUAGACCGAUAGGAGAGAAACAGAAAGCAAAAAUACACGCAAACGUAAUGCGAAAGGAAGAAAUGCUAAGGGAAAGAGUUGUAAAAACAUGCAUAUGGAGCGAGGUACGGAGCAGCAACAGCAGCAGCAGCAGUGUAAUAGUGUAAUUUUGUGUAAUUCGUAUUAAGCAUUGAACUGGGAUAUGUGCAAAAUUUUCUCAAAUACUAUUAAUGACUUAUCGAUAGUUACUUUUUAUUAUUAUUGCUAUAUUAUUUUAUUAUUUUUUUGUAAUAAAAUAUUUCUUUUUUAUUCAAAUGAGA